CACAGAUGGCGCUCGCUGGUAUUUAAACACCAUCAUCGAUUGGGUGCUGAAGUGGACAGCUCCCCCACAAACACACGCACACACACACACACGAACACACACACAGGAACCCAAACCAAAUCACAAUGGCUCGCUUGGCUCCUCGUGGAGGAUGGUCUCCCUCCCUUGUUUUUAAACUCUGACUGAAGAUCUCCAUUUUUCUCCUGGCGCGCAAAAACAUCGCUCCAACAUCCACGGGCUGCUGGACGAGAGAACGGCGCCGUUUCGCUCCACACAAACAGCAGUUAGGCGGAUGUUUUCACACCUGUGGCUGAAUCGGGAUCAUUAUUCGGAUUCUAAAAACAGGCGAGGUUGGAUGUUUCGCAUCCAUUCGCAUGCGUCCUGCAGGAGAGGUCCUCCGGCGCUGUGUGAUCCCGAGUGGUGAAAGCGCAAAGGUACCUAAAGCCAUUUACGGACGCAUUAAUUUAAGCCGCUCUCUGUGGCUGCUCGCAGACAGGAAAGAGCAUGGAUAGAGAGGAAUUCGCUCUGACUGGUGCGUUGAGGGGAUUUGCAGAGCUGGGGAUGUGCUCCCGUGGAAACUAAACUAAGGACCAAAGCGCUGUUAGCCCUGCACUAACAGCUCGCCAUUUCUCCUCAAGCCUCCUCUGGUUGUUGUUUCACCAUUCUGACGAGGAUAUAAGUUUUCCAAUCAGCCAUGGGGAAAGAGGAGUGCAAAACAAUGCUGGACGCUUUGAACAAAGUGACCGCCUGCUACAGGCAUCUGGUCAUCGCCCUGGGAAGCACCUCGGACUCCCAGAACCUGCGAGAGGAGCUGAAGAGGACCCGCAACAAGGCCCAGGAGCUGGCCGUGGCCAACAGGACUAAACUGACCUCUCUGCUCAAAGACAAGACCAUCAGCAAGGAGGACCGGACCGAGUACGAGCGCCUAUGGGUGCUGUUCUCCAGCAGCAUGGAGCUCCUGGAGGUGGACAUGAAAAGGUCCCUGGAGAUAGGGCAGGACUUCCCCCUCAAGGUGCCGACGCGGCACCUCAUCCAGACGGGCAUGACCGGCAGCACCACCACGGUGGCGGCGCGGGCCAUGAGCGUGCAGAACAUGAAGUACGAGGCGGACAGCAACAUCGACACGGCGGACCUGCGGGAACUGCGCUCCGAGAUCACCCAGGUGAGCCAGAUGAUGGAGGAGAUGGAGAUGAAGGUGCAGGUGGCGCCGUGGGCCGUGGAGGCGAAGCAGGAGGCGGGCGCGGAGCUCAAAUCCAACAUGAGCUUGGGGAAUUCCUCCGUGGGAGUCAUCUCCAUCUGCGAGGAGGAGCCCAAAGAGGAGGACGGCGGCGGCGGCAGCAGGGAUGCUGGGAUCGCCACGAUCUGCGCCGUGGUCGGAUUCUUUAUCAUCGUCAUUGUCGCCGCGGUUCUAGGAUACCUGGUCAUCAACAUGUCCUGAACCGUCCUGCGCCCACAGCCCACCCUGGCGAUGGACGGACACCCUGCCGAGGCUGCCCACGGGGCGAGCGUCGCAGUGGGUGUAAGAGCCUGCAGCUCCACAUGAAAGGGACCGAGCAUUUUUAUGUGGACAAGUUAUUAAUCUGGAUUUGUGAAUGUAAUCGGGGGAGUUUGAGGAGUUGCACUAGAUGAAAAUGUAGAACAGUAGAGCCAUUGUGUGUCACUCUGGGAGAAUGGACGAUGCACAGAUAAAAAAAAAAAAAAAGUCCUUUUCAGGGGCCAAGGGUUACUUUUUGGAGGAAAUGGGGGUGCGGGGAAGACAUACCAUUACGUGACAGUGUCUGGCCAUCAGGAUGAUACAAGCAACACGUAAUCCAAGUGGAUUAGUGCAAAGCUCAAGCAUAAAUGUAGCCUACUGUUAAGUAUCCCCCCUUGAUGUUCAGCUGAUUGAUGCUUUGAGUUUAUGACUUUAUUUUCAAGCAAAGAGAAGCAGGGGGGAACCCUAUAGUCAGAGAAAUUAUAGAAACUAAGUGAGCCAAAUGUUACAGUUAACCUUUGGAUGUAAACAACACUGCACUGUUCCACAGUUUGAAUACAACACAGAGAUCUUUAGUACAGCCAGAUGUGUAGUCGGCCUGCAUCUUAUACUUCAUUGCAUCAAAUCACAACGUGCUACAUGAGGGACCUGAGAGACGUCCACAGUCUUUUUAAUAAUGCACCCGUUCACUGUAAGCCUGUUCAUGUUCCGUCACAGGGUUUAUUCUUCUGUUGCAAUCAGUGUUGAAUGUAUACAUUACAACAUGUGAAUAGACGGGUUUGUAUACAGUCUACUGCUUUGUCAGAUAAUGUACAUACAAUUAAGUAUAUUUAUUAUAAUAAAAUCGUUUAAAAUGCACUUCAAAACAUUCUCUUAGUUUCGGGAAAAAGUCGCAAAAGCAUUCUUUUUGUAUGAAUGCAAGAAGUGAAUGAUACUUUUUUACAAGCGAGUUCUUGGAAUAUGUAUUUUGACUUAGAGCUAAUGGUUUUAGCCCAGUUUGUAAUGAAUGCAAGGCCAGAUAAGUGCACAGGAUAUUUUAAGCUGAGGAUUAUAGACGUAACCAGCCCCAGGUUCAAAAUAGUGUUCGAUUUAAAAUGGAAAGCAAACACUUUAACUCCCUAAUGGUUUUAGUUGUAAGAGUCUUUGAAGGUAAUCCUAAGAAUUGCACACAGGUGGAGUGAAGCCUGAAGGCUGCCAAUUCCAAAGCCUCUGGCAUGAAGAGGAGGGCUGGAGUAGUUGUCAUGAAGAGCUACUACAGAACAGUUUGGGAUUACCUUAACAGUUUUAAAUUAGAAAUUACAAUCAGUUGCCAAUAAAGACCUACGACCGGCUGAUAGCUCAAAAACAUCUAAAGAUAAAGAGAUGAGUGUGACUGCUUUUGGUAUUUAACUUCUCAAACAUUGGAUGGUUUCGUGAAAUAAAAAACAACAAAUUGAAACGUAAAAUGAUGUGCAAUGGAUGAUGGAUGCAUAUUUUUUCCAUUUGUGAGAAACGUCUGGCUAAAAUCAAGAUACACUUUCAAUGGGCAGAUGAGUACAUUUGGUUGUAGCCUGACUUCAUUUCACUUUAUUUCUCUAACUUUCUUUCAUCCAGCGCCAUUUUCAGGACAUUUUUUUCCAUUUCUCACAGUAAAACUAAUACGCUCCUACAAUAAUGUAAUAAAGAAAAAUUAUAUUAUCCAGUCAAAAUAAUUACGGUUGGUAAAAAUGUUGUUUCCCCUGUAUCUGUAAGGAUUCUGUCUGUGUUCUGUUAGACCAGCAGCACAGAGUGACCUCAGGAUAACGUGUAUCACCAUCUACAGCACAGCUGUUGACAGACAUCAGCAACUCGUCAUCAUCAUUAUUUCAUAAAAGUAUAAUUUUUUAUUA